UGAUCGGUCUGUUUUUCAGGUCAGAACUUUAAAACUUCCACACUUCCAAAAUCUGUCCAAACUUCGCAUCGUCUGUCUAUAGAACCACGCAGGUGCACAAAAUAUGAGGUCCCGUAGUAAUAGUCUGUGUCUGGUGCUGAUCUCACUGGUGUUCACGUCUACCACAACGGCCCACGGUGGACACCCUACAAAAAGUGUAGUGAUCAUAGGAGCGGGUAUUGGUGGAACUUCGUGUGCUCACUACCUCUCGAAACAGGACCCCGUUGACAAGAUAACCAUCUUUGAAGCUCAGGAUGACGUGGGUGGGCGAAUCAAAGACGUAUCUUUUUGGAACACCACAGUUGGACUUGGUGCAAAAUAUUUCAAUGCAGGUCAGAGACAUAUCGCUGAGCUGGCGAAAGUUCUGAACCUUACCGUGGGGUCGUUUCAGCAGACGAGCUACCCAAAGAUCUUCGUCUGGGACGGUGCUCAUCAACUCCAGACAACGACCGAUGUUUUAGCGAGAAAUCCCGGUGCUGAAACCGAGAUGCAGAGUCGUCUCACAGACUACUCGACCGCCGUAAACGAAACAUACGACAAGUACGCCAGCAGGAGCGUAUUUGAGUCCGUCCAUGCUUAUCUGCGGGCCGGGGGAUUGGACGAGUUCGUUGGCAGGUCAGCCUCGGCUUACUUCUCUGACGGCCCGACACCAUUGAGUCAGGAGGCACAGGAUUACCUCAUUGAACCUGUGAGCAGACCAUACUUUGGUCAGGGACUUGAAAGCCAAAGUAUGCUUGGUAUGGUGUGCCUGGAAGGGCUUCUGAGAAAUUCAUUUUACAUCGAGGGUGGUAUGAGCCAGUUGGUACGAGGACUUGUUGAAUCAUCAGGCGCAGAUCUGAACCUGAACUCUCGCGUUACCCACAUCAUCAGAAAGACGCAGGAGGAUGCCAGCCAGCAGUAUACAGUUAAAUACGUUACAGAUGGGGUCGACCAUGAGAUAGAUGCGGACGCAGUUGUAAUCGCAGCUCCGUUAGAGUGGGCGGAUAUCAAGUUUGAAGGAUUCUAUUCCGAUCCUUCUACAACCCAGCCAAGGAGGAGUUGGAACACGCUGUACACAUACGUUUCGUUUGUAGUGGCAGAGUCACUUCGCCCCAGUUACUUCCCAACCCAAGAGCACUUCAUUAACGGAUCAAGCCCGCUGCCUCUUCUCACUACAUCUAGUUCAACCUUACCUUGGGUGUCCAUAUAUUUACAAGAGACAACCGGACGGUUCAAUCUCUACCAGGUGACUAGUCCUAUAAACCUCACUCAAAAUGACCUACUGGAUGACCUCUUUGAUGGAGUUCAAGAGGUCACGACUAAGAGCUGGGAUUACGUCUACCCUUUGAGUCCACCAAUCAUCAACGAGUACUUCUACCAGAGCCUCGCCUUGGAUGAUCGCGUGUUCAACUUGAAUGGAAUGGAGAGUGUGGCUUCGCAGAUGGAGACUUCGGUCAUCAGUGCUCGAAAUGUUGCUAGAUGGAUCGCUAAGGGUAACACGAGUAGCUGUGCCGUCACAUUGACGUCAUCACUUCGUAUUGUCACGAGCGUUAUCCUCUUUAACUUGUUUUAUUAUACUCGGCGCUUGUUGAUGCUUUGGAAUAUAGGAUGACGUGGUUAUUAAGUUGGUUCCGAGAGGUGAUUGGGGAUCCAGUUAGGGUUUAUUUCAGUCCACCCUACCGGACAGGAUAGCACCGGAAAACACCACGUGCUAUUGUGGUCUGACCAUGGAGGAAACAGAACGUACUCUCCUCCAUGGUCAGACUAAGUACUUCAGUCCCGAAAGUAAAGACGCUUGAAAAGUAAUGUUAUUGGUUCUUUUCGCCUACAGAUUUUAGGCAGUUUUUGUAUAGUUAUGGAACCACACGGUGGUCAAAACCUGUAAAGAUAAACGAUGUAGAAUCAGAAAUGUUCGCAUUAUUUUGGGUUACAAUAAAUUCAUGUUUAUAGAUGGUUACUGUG